GUUUAGUUUAGUCUCUAAGCUCGUUAAGUAAACUUUGAACAUACAAAGAAGAAACAAACAUGAAAUACUUAUUAAUUUUGUUGGCUUUAAUGCCUUUAGCUUUGGCUGGAGAAUAUGAGGAAAUAGCUAAUGCUGAAGCACGUUCCAUUUCCAGUCAGGUGGUUGAUGCUAUUGAAGCGGCCAAGGAACAAAUGCCUUGCGGUUUCCCCGGCUUGGGUAUCCCACCCUUGGCUCCCUUGAAGAUUGCUCACCAAGAAAUUGCCAUUGACAAUUCGGCCGUUCAAGCUUUUGGUGAAAUCAAUAACUUCCGUUUGGAUGGUUUAAAUGAUUUUGAUAUUGUCGAGUUCAAAGUCAGUCCCAUUUUUAGUCGUGUCAAUUUCAAAUUCAACUGGAAUCAUGUUUACUUCAAUACCGACUAUGAACUAUCCACUGCCAGAGAUAAUAAGGGUAUUAAACGUUCUGGACCUGCUAAGUUUGCCCUCAAGGACCUUACUGUUUGGGGUGUGAUUAAAUAUAAUUUGGGUCUAAUCAGCGGUAAAUUGACUCUGAAGGAAUUCAGUGUUUAUGUUUCUUUGGGUGAAGUUAAGUCGGAAAUUGGUGGUUUGUCUAAGAUCCCUAUUAUUAAUAGAAAAUUAAACCGCAUCAUUGAGGAAUGGUUUAUGUUGGCUGUGAAUGACAACACUAACAAAGUGGCUGAAUUAACUAACAGCAUGGUGGUUCCCAUUGUCAAUGAUAUGUUGAGUGACAUGAGCCUUUCCGACCUAUUGGGUAUGUUGGGUGGUGGCGGUAGUGGUGAAAGUGAACCUGUACCCUGUAUCCCACCAGAGGAUUCAGAUUAUAUGAAAUAUUUUUAUUAGAAAAUCAAAUAAUGUGAUAAAGCAAUAAAAUAAAUUUAAGCCGA